AUGCUUCGUCCAAAGUCUGGAGAGAGGCGUGUUGGACUUUUGGGUUUGGGUCGCCGGUUGGCUAGGUCGCCUUCUCAGCGUGCCCCGGUCGUGAGCAUCAGUUCUCAGCCAACGUCUCAGCAGGUGCGCUCUGUGCUCUGCAGACGGUUGUUGCACAAGCCCGAAAGUUCUCGGGCUACCGUAGUUGCCGAACGACUGCUGGCGGCUGCGUCCGAGCGACGGCGUGAGCUGCUGCAUUCCUUCGACAACUUCCUGCGCUCAACGCUACCGGGUUAUAAGUUCGGAGAACAUGGAGUGCUAGACGUGAAACAUUCAGAUAUCUUAUUUGAGCAGCAUACUGCUGAGCUGUCCGAGACAUUCGGCGCUGGCAACGUCGCACGCUUUCAUGCCCACAGUGCUGGCAGCUCCGAUGGAUCAGUGAUUUUUCGCGGCAAGAUCGCAGACCGCAAGGUCAGCGUGCUUAUCAAUAGUACCAAGUUUAAAGCAAUAACCGCGUGUCUUAUGUGA